CCCCCCGCCCUCAGGCGCGGGCGGCGGGUCACCAUGGGCAGUAAGAUGGCGGCUGCCACUAGGGUCGUUCAGGUAGUCAAGCCACAUACUCCGCUAAUUAAGUUCCCAGACAGAAAAAGUAGCCCAAGACCUAAAAGUUUUGCAAUCUGGGUCUCAGUACAGGAAUCUCUACAAGCAAGCGUACCAUCUCCCCAUGCUUCAAGAGCACAGGAGUCUGCAGGAGGCAGAUCACCGGCCUUUCAAAGUACUUCGCCUGUUAGUAGAGUACAAGGUACACCAGAUACUUCUGAAUUAGCAAGAACCUUACCUCAGAAAUACAGAAGGAAACUUAUGUCAGAUGAAGAGAUUGAAUUUAUUCAACGUGGAGGUCCAGAAUAAGUAUGGAAGAUAGUUUGUUGGCCACCGUUGAAGAAUGACGUAUUGUGUUCACAAUAAAGGCAUUUCCUUAAUAUUAAAAAUGAUUGUAUACUAAUAGCUUUAAUAAAAAUCCAUGUGAGGAUGAGAAGGUUGACACAACACACUAUAUAUUAGUUUGUGAUUGAGAAGGAUUUUCUGUUGAUGGCUAACUAGCAAUUGAAUAUAUUUGAUGUCCACACCAUUAAAAUAUUUUUCUAA